GCUUCAAAUGUUUACUUUCCGCAUAACUUUGACAACUAUCGUGAAGACACAAGCAAAUGUGCUGCUUGAUCAAUAUGAUUCCAAGUCCUCAAUCCCAAUGAUAUUCUCGCUCCAUAUUCCAUUGGGUUUAUCCUACAUGUAUCACGUAGGAAACCAGUUAAUCUUUGAAACACCGAGGUCCAGUACUUAUCAAACUAGCCGUCCGUGGCGGGACCUCCCGAUCCGGUUAUUGAUAGGGUAUCCAGCCGCACGGGGUGAACGUUCCUGGUGAUCAGUUAGAUAUAACUGGUACGAUAAUUUUGGUCAAGCAAUCUCUGGAAUAUUCGUCACGAGGAUGGGCAUCACCGACAGGCGAAAUGUGCCCUCCGUUAUCGACACCACGGUGGUCGAUGCUGAUGUCGAAGCGGACUCUGAAGCAGAUAAUGCAUUUUCUAGUCAUGUCCUACGCAAAAUUGACCUUCGCCUAAUGCCAUUGCUGUUCAUCACCUACAAUCUGAAUUUCAUGGACAAAACGAUCCUUUCCAGCGCGGCUGUAUUUGGCCUCGAAGAAGACACGCAUCUGAAAGGUUCCCAAUACAGCUGGGUAUCAAGCAUCUUCUAUUUUGGCUAUCUCUUCUGGCAAUAUCCGACAUCAGUACUGAUCCAAAAACUACCUGUCGGGAAGUAUGUUUCGGUUAAUACUCUUUUCUGGGGGACAGUUGUUGCUUUAACGGCGGCCUGUACCAACUUUGGUGGUUUGCUUGCGGUUCGCUUUCUACUUGGCGUUGCGGAAGCGACGAUAUCACCAGCCUUCCUCUUUAUCACCUCCAUGUGGUAUACCCGAGAAGAGGUCCCUACGCGGGUCGGGAUAUGGUUCUCAGGGAAUGCAAUUGGAGGAAUUUUUGCGAGCUUUAUUGCGUAUGGGAUCGGACAUAUUGAACGACCCUUUUCUCCGUGGCGGUGGCUGUAUAUUAUCCUGGGUGUAGCUACCUUCAUAUGGGGAUGGGUGCUGCUAGCUUUUUUACCUGAUUCCAUUAUGUCGGCCAAGUUCCUUACGGAAGAGCAACGAAAGGUUGCAGAAGGACGAGUCCAGGCCGCAGGAACUGGGAAGGGGAAAAGUUCCUGGAAAACUAGCCAAAUCACUGAAUGCCUUCUGGACCCUAAGACGUUUUUCUUUGUUGGUAUAUCGUUGCUCGCACAGAUCCCCAAUGGCGGUACCCAGAAUUUCGGCAACCUUGUCCUGAAAGGAUUCGGUUUUACAUCUCUCCAGACAACGCUAGUUACGCUUCCAGCAUCGGUAAUCUCAUUCACAGUAAUUCUAAUCACUGGUCGACUUUCCAGCGAAUUCCAGAACGUCACAACCUACCUUCUAAUUAUAGUCGUCAUAUUUCCUGUCAUCGGAAGCGCCAUCAUAUACACUAAUGUCAGCAAAGGUCUUAAUCUCUUUGCGUACUACCUCCUAUCCACCGGACCAGGGGCUCUUCCACUCUCGAUGUCCCUUGUCGGGGUUAAUUACAAGGGCUCGACGAAGAAGUUGACCAUGAGUGCGUUAUUAUUCAUUGCGUAUUGUACAGGGAACAUAUGUGGUCCCUUAUUCUUUAAAUCGUCCGAAGCUCCACACUACCAUACAGCGUUCCGAGCCAUUAUUAUCUGCUAUUCCUUCGUAAUUAUCCUCGCGCUAGGGUUAAGAGUCUAUCUAGUUCUGGUCAAUAGAUGGCGCGAUGAAAUUGAGAGUAACGAAGGCAGAAACACCGAGACAGAGUUGCUUAUAGGAGAUGAACAGGCGGACAACAAAGAUGAUGUAACAGAUCUUAGGGCCAGAGGAUUCAGAUAUCGAAUGUGAUUAUAGAGAUAAUGAUGAUAGAUGGUGUAGCUAGCGAAUUUUACUUGGAAGUUCUGAACGAAAG